AUGUUCAACUCUACCUUCCUCCCAGCCCAGAAGUCGGCGUCCAUCACGUUAUUUUCCAUUUUCCCCGGAGCACCUCGCCGUCUCGACCUAUCUGACCACUUGAUGACGGCCUGGGAGCUUUUAUAUCAAAUGCUGAGCUUGGAAAACGGCUGCAAGCUACUGGCGUUGUCAUUGGUUCUGCUCAACUUGAAGGUCUUUCCUUUCAUCUACCAUCUACGAAUUCUCAAUGCCGUCAGAUUCGUGCUUCGUUCGCAGCGACCGAAACAAGAUGUGACACCGGAACAACUCUUCCAGCCUCUGAUCACGUCUUCUAAAGCGUGUCUGAUGGAGAUCGACGUGUUUGGCCACAAAUCAAACAGUACAUACUUCACGGACAUAGACGUCGCUCGUGCGCACUUGGUAACGACGAUGUUCGGAAAGGGGAUCGAGAAGAUUCGUGGUGGCACAACCAUGAACGGGCUGAACGGGAAACGAAGCAACUUCACGGUGGCCUUGGGUGGCGUCAGCUGUACAUUCAGGAAAGAACUUCUGCCCUACGAGACCUACGACAUGUGGACUAGAAUUCUAUCGUGGGACGAGAAAUGGAUGUACUUGGUCACGCACUUUGUGAAACGAAGCCACAACAUUCAACCAAGGGUGUCUUCACUGUAUCCACAGCAGAACAGCAGCAGCCAAGACGGAGUUCCGUUUACAGAUGACCGCCGUGAUUCCGCCUUUUCCAUCAAAACAACGAUUACGGACAGCACAUGUGGGCCAGCGAGUGCGCCCAUCACAGCUUCUGCGCUCAGCAAAAUCGUCUUCAAGAACGGCCGCGUUACAAUCCCUGCACGGGAGAUGCUGGAAGCUUCCAACCUGCUGCCCGCGGUCAAAAAGGGUGGUGCCAACGCGAACGACAAGUACGAGAGAGCCACAGCAGAGGACGAUAACGACGAUGCAUACAAUGUGAAGCUCAGCCAGGCAAUUGAAGAAGAACGCCAACAGGGCCUUCGACUAGCCGCCCUUCUAGCCAAUCAAACGGCGCUGCACGAUGCAUUCAACAGCGACAUUGCGUUGGGAAGGCACUUCGACGGAAUGGGCUUAGAGGGUGUAGUUGCUACUCUGGCCCAACUGGGCAAAGUUUCUCCUUAUCAGCUAAUAUGA